AUGUUCCGAACUACGAUGGCUUCUUCCUUGUCGUUCAAUGCAGGGGGGCUGCCGGUUCUGCCUCUGCCCGGAAGCUACGGUCCGCCGCUGCUCGGCCCGCUCAAGGACCGCCUUGACUAUUUCUGGUUCCAGGGAUCGGAGACCUUUUUCCGGCAACGCGCCGCCACCUACAAGAGCACCGUCUUCCGCACCAACAUGCCCCCCACAUUCCCCUUCCUCACCAAAAAGAUCGACCCCCGCGUGAUUGCCGUUGUCGACUGCGCCGCCUUCCCGGCACUCUUCGACCUUUCCCUGGUAGAAAAGAGGGACGUUCUCAUCGGAGACUUCAUGCCCAGCACAGAUUUCACCGGCGGCAUGCGAGUGAUGGUAUACAUGGACCCCUCCGAGCAAAAGCACAACGCCGGGAAAGCCUUCUGCCUCGAUCUUCUCAAACGGAGAGCUCGCAUUUGGGUGUCGGAGUUCCUCCUCAGCACCGAUGUCAUGCUGACGACGAUUGAGAAGGAAUUGUCCGGGAGCGACACCCGUUGCGCUGGAUUGCUGGUUCCCCUGCAGAAGUGCAUCUUCUCCUUUUUGUGCAAGAGUUUGGCAGGGGCCGACCCGGCGACCUGUCCUGAGAUCGCCGACUGUGGCUUUGCCAUGCUGGACAAGUGGCUCUCUCUGCAGAUCCUUCCCACCACCAGUAUCGGGGUCCUCCAGCCGCUGGAGGAAAUUUUCCUCCACUCAUUUGCCUACCCAUUCGCCCUCGUGAAGGGCAACUACCAGAAGCUCUACGACUUCCUGGAGAAGGAAGGUGGUGAGGUCAUUGGAAUGGCCACCAGCGAGUACAGUCUCACCAAGGAAGGGGCGAUCCACAACCUCCUUUUCAUCCUGGGGUUCAACGCCUUCGGGGGUUUCUCCGUCUUCCUCCCGACAUUAAUCACCACCCUUGGGAGAGACACCACUGGACUCCAGGGCCGCCUCCGCGCCGAGGUCCGCCGGGUGCUGGCCAGAGGGCGCCAGCUUGGGUUCGACACGGUCAAGGAGAUGGAACUUGUUCAGUCCACGGUGCACGAGGUCCUCCGCAUGAACCCGCCAGUCUUCCUACAGUACGGCCGGGCUAGGAAAGACUUCCUCCUGAGCUCCCACGAGGCCUCCUUCCAAGUGAGGACAGGCGAGCUACUCUGUGGCUACCAGAAGCUGGCGAUGAGGGAUCCGAAGGUGUUCGACGAUCCGGAGACCUUCAACCCGGAUAGGUACAUGGGCGAAAAGGGCAGGCGGUUGCUGGACUACCUCUACUGGUCCAACGGUCCGCAGACGGCCACCCCAUCCACGGCUAACAAGCAGUGUGCUGCCAAGGAUUACGUGGUGUUCACCGCCUGCCUCCUGGUGGCGGAGAUCGUCCGCAGGUAUGAUGACUUCCGCUGCGACGGAAGCUCCCUCUCCGUCACCAAGCUGGAAAAGGCGGCUGCGUCGGCGGUGCCAGGCCCCGAGCUAGCGGGGAGCACCCGCAGAUAG